GUGAAAUAAGCUGAUAAGUAGACCAAUGCCUAUCAACAAUACACUCCUUGGAAUCUCCAUUAUGCAGAUAUCUUAAACUUAUCCUGUUGGGUUCUAAUUGAUUCAAGUUAAGAGACUUAAUAUCACCAAGAUGGACAGUGAAGAUGAGCAUGACCCUUCUGAUCAGACCAUGUCUUCAUUGACUGGAUUUCUGUUUGGAAACAUUGAUGAAAAGGGUGAUCUGACUGAAGAUUUUUUGGAUGAGGAAUCUAAAAGACAUUUGGGUUCUCUGAGUUCCCUUGGAGGUAUAGGUGUGAUGGUCAAAGAGAUCACCGAGGUUCAGGGAGAAGAUGAGCAAAAUGAUUAUGAAAAUGUAUCAGAGGACUUCACUGCCAAGUCCCCAUCAGCAAUUGAUUAUUCAGAUAUCAAUGAAACUGUGGAUGAAGAGACAGAGAGAGUGAAGGAAGCUAUGCAAAGUCUUGCUUUGCCUAUGAAAGUAAGCACAGAAGAGGAUGAUUAUGAUGAUGAAAAAGAUAUCAAAUUAAUGCCUCCACCAUCUUGGGUGCCUAAACCCCCUAAAACAGAUGACAGCACAAGUAAACUGUCUCCCUCAAAGAGCAGCCCUGAUAAGGCCAAGGUGGCUACUCCACUGGCUGCCAUGUUACCAGAGGAACUCAGUGAUAUAGACGUCACAGCACUGUUUCCGGAAUUCAGACAUGGGCAGGUGUUGAGGUUUUCCAGGCUAUUCAAGCCACAAUAUGUACAUCACUUGUAUAAAAGAAAGAAGAAAAAGAAACCAGCAGAGGAAGAAAAGGACAAUCAAAAAGAGUUAUCAGAGGAAGAUAAAAAAGCAAAACAGGAGGAACAACGCUUAACAAUGACUCCACUGGAAAGAGUUAUAGCUGAGGCAGAGCAUAACAAAAGAGCUCAUGAGCCACCUUCUGAAGGUGAAAGUUCAGCUGAUGAACCAAUCAGUAGCGAGGAAGAGCAGGAAGAGGCCGAGUGGGAGGAGCCAAUAAAACUCAACUUUGGAAGAUUGCCAAAACCAGAGGAAUGUUUGCCUGAUGAUGAGGAGAUGCUUCUGAAGCCACUGGAGCACAAAUCAGUCACAGGGACAACCUCCAAGGGCAAAGAAGAGAGUGGUGGGAUUAAGAUUGCCCCAUGGCGUUAUGGCCCUGCCCAGUACUGGUAUGAUUUAUUAGGAGUGGAUGAAUCAGGAGAGGACUUUGACUAUGGAUUCAAGAUGAAACCCAAAGAGGAGAUUGAGGCUGAUAAGAAAGAACUUGAGAAUCUGAAGAUGAAUCCCGAGGCAUUCCUAAUGGUCACCCAACUGAACUGGGAGGAUGAUAUUAUUUGGAAUGGAGAAGAUGUGAAGCAAAAAAUCCUCCAAUUACAGAAACAGAAGGCUUUAUCUGCAGGUUGGAUACCAAGCACUCAGUAUAGGACAGCGUCCAUGUUCACGCAACAGGCAGUUCAGAUCCCAUCUUCUGGAAUGUCUCCAAAAAUGACACCCAACUUCAUGACUCCUGGUUAUUCCAAAACGCUUCCAGGAAUCUCCCCGGUAUACAAGCCAGGACAAACUCAAACAGGUCUAGAUGGCAUAGACCAGAGUAAGGACAAAGAGACAUGGUAUUCUAUAUUUCCAAUUGAGAACAGGGAUCUCCUCUAUAAGAGGUGGGAGGAUGAUAUCAUUUGGGAUGCAGAGAACAUGGAGAAAAUCCCUACUCCCCCUGUGCUGACUUUGGAUCCCAAUGAUGACAAUAUUAUCCUGGAAAUCCCAGAGGAUAAAGAUCCCAACGAAAAAAGUAAAGAGCCUGUCAAAAAGGAGAAGGCAGAGGUGAAAAAAUCAAAGCUUCUUCUUGGGAAAGCAGGAAUCAUCAAGGAUGAUGGAGAAGAGGAAGAGGAUCAGACCCCAACAAUGCAGACAAAGGACCCAUUUAACCUGUCUAAUGAUGAGUAUUACAAUCCAAAGUUACUGGACAGUGCCAUCAAAGGAGGGAUAGGAAAAAGUCUUAUUCAGCAUUCCACUCCAGCCUUAGAGUUGAGACAGCCUUUCUUCCCCACACAUAUGGGUCCAAUGAAAUUGAGGAGCUUCCAUCGACCUCAGUUGAAGAAGUACUCCCAUGGUCCUAUGUCAACACAUGGUCCUCACCAGGUCCUCCCACUCCUCAAACAGAUCAAGAGGAAAGCAAGGAUGAGGGAGCAAGAGAGACUGGCCUAUGGAGGAGGUGACAUCUUCUUUAUGAGGACCCCCCAGGAUCUGACUGGAAUGGAUGGGGAAAUCAUAAUGGCAGAAUAUUCUGAGGAAUAUCCUCCACUCCUGAUGCAAGUUGGCAUGGCCACCAAGAUUAAAAACUACUACAAAAGGAAACCUGGAAAAGAUUCCCAGCCACCAGCAUAUAAAUAUGGAGAGCUGUCUUAUGCUCAUACAUCUCCAUUCCUGGGAACUCUCAUGCCAGGACAAUCUAUUCAGGCUUUUGAGAAUAACAUGUUUAGGGCACCUAUAUAUGAGCACAAAGUGCCAGAAACAGAUUUCCUAAUCAUCAGAAAUAGACAAAAUUUCUUUAUAAGAGAAGUAGAGACUAUCUACACUGUUGGUCAGGAAUGUCCACUGUUUGAAGUUCCAGGUCCAAAUUCUAAAAGGGCAAACAAUUUUAUCAGAGACUUUCUACAGGUCUUCAUAUAUCGAUUGUUUUGGAAAAGUAAAGAUAAUCCAAGAAGAAUAAAAAUGGAUGACAUCAAGAAGGCUUUUCCAAACCAUUCAGAAAGCAGUAUUAGAAAGAGACUAAAAUUAUGUGCAGACUUCAAAAGAACAGGAAUGGACUCUAACUGGUGGGUGGUGAAACCAGACUUUCGCCUACCCACAGAGGAGGAGAUGAGAGCCAUGGUGUCCCCAGAGCAGUGCUGUGGAUACUUCAGUAUGCUGGGGGCUGAACAGAGGCUCAAGGAUGCUGGUUAUGGGGAGAAGUCAUUAUUUGCACCUGAAGAUGAUAAUGAGGAAGAUACUCAAUCUAAAAUAGAAGACGAGGUAAAAACUGCUCCUUGGAAUACUACAAGAGCCUACAUUAGUGCUGUUAAAGGGAAAUGUUUACUGGACUUAAAUGGUGCAGCAGAUCCUACAGGCUGUGGGGAAGGGUUCUCUUAUGUGAAAGUCCCCAACAAACCUCAGCCGAAGGAGGAGGGUAAGGAGCAAACCCCUCAGAAAAAGACAGUCACAGGUACAGAUGCAGAUCUGAGAAAGCUAAGUCUGAAGGAUGCUAAACAGCUGUUGAGAAAAUUCCAAGUUCCAGACUCAGAGAUCAAGAAGUUGUCUAGAUGGGAGGUCAUUGAUGUGGUCAGAACAAUGUCAACAGAGCAGGCCAAAGCAGGGCAGGAAGGAAAAGCUGGUAUGAGUAAAUUUGCCAGAGGAAACAGAUUCUCAGUGGCGGAACAUCAAGAGCGUUAUAGGGAGGAAUGCCAGAGAAUAUUUGAUCUUCAGAACAGGGUUCUAGCUUCUGAGGAAGCACUGUCCACAGAUGAGGGAUCCAGCUCAGACAAUGACUCAGACUUUGAGGAGAUGGGGAAGAAUCUGGAGAGCAUGCUCUCAAAUAAAAAGACCAGCUCUCAGUUGUCUCAUGAGAAAGAAGAAGCAGAAAGAAGAGAGUUGAGGAAGAUGUUGAUGGGUGGAGAAGAUGGGAAGGACAAGGGAGACAAAUUAAGCAAGUCCAAGAAAGAGGAAGACUCUGGUCCUGCGGUUGGUAGAAAGCUAAAGAUCACGAGGACAUUUAAGGAUGACAAUGGUUCUACUUACACUAGGACAGAGUGGGUGGUGAAACCCGCUGUGAUUGACACCUACGUCAGGAUCCGAGAGAAGAAAGACACUUCAUUCAUAAAAUCAUUUGCUUUAAUUGAUGAGCAACUGAAGGAAGAAAUGAGGAGGGAAAAGAGGAGGUUACAAGAGAGGUUGAGGAGGAUAAAAAGAAAUGAAGAGAGAGCCCAGCAGGCACCACCGCCAACCAAGAAAAAGAAAAAGCAGGAAACACCAUUCAACAGCAAAUUGAAAUGUGGAGCCUGUGGACAGAUUGGUCACAUGAGGACGAACAAGGAGUGUCCAAUGUAUAACAAGUCAGGGCCUAGCACUGCUCCAGUUCAGGUCGCCAUGACUGAGGAGCAAGAGGAAGAGGAGGAGAAGAGUCUCCUCCAGAAUGAUGACCUCAUUAAGGUCGAGGGCACCAGGAUCAUGUUCUCCAAGAACCUUGUUGAACAUGCUGAGCAAGUGAAGAGAAAGUCAUUAGUUCUGAAGUUCCCAAAACAAGUCACAAAAGCAGAGAAGAAGAAACGAUUUGGAACUGUUAUUCACUGUGAUUAUCUGAAGAAACCUAAGCAGACUUCAAACAGAAGAAGAACAGACCCACUUGUGACACUCUCCACCAUCUUUGAGCACAUUUUGAAUGAGAUGAGGGAUUUACCAAAUACCCAGCCAUUUUUGUUCCCUGUCAGUGCAAAAGAAGUGCCAGAUUAUCACAGAGUCAUCAAAACUCCUAUGGAUCUUCAGACAAUGAGAGAAAACAUAAGGUCCAGAAAGUAUGAAUCCAGAGAGAGGUUUCUUAUUGACGUGAAUCAAAUUGUGGAGAAUUGUAAACUCUACAAUGGUCCAAAAAGUGCCCUUACUCUCACUGCUCAGAAGAUGAUGGAGCUGGUCUUCAAAAGAUUUGCAGAGAAAGAAGAUAAGUUGAUGAGGCUGGAGAAGGCCAUUAACCCACUGUUAGAUGAUAAUGACCAGGUGGCUUUCUCCUUUAUACUGGAGAAUAUCAUAGCACAGAUGAAAGCCAUAGAAAAUUCUUGGCCUUUCCAUCAACCUGUCAAUCGCAAGUUUGUAAAGGAUUACUAUGAUGUCAUUAAGAAACCUAUGGAUCUAUCCUCUCUGCUAAAGAACGUACAAAGCCAUAAAUAUCAGACCAGAGAGCAGUUUUUGGCAGAUGUAGACCUUAUCUACCAAAACUGUGAGAAAUACAAUGGACCAGGCAGCAACUACACAAAAACUGCCCUCAAAAUGAGUGAACUUUGUAGGGAAAGGCUACAAGAGAAUGAGGAGAGCCUGAGUCAGAUGGAGAAUGACAUUCGUGCUGCACAGGAAGCAGCUCUGGAGGCAGUAGAAACUGACAGCAUCAUGACGGGGACAUCUGCUAAUCCAGAGGAUAGCAGUCUGUUUGGACUGGACAAUGAGAGCAUUGAAGAUGCCAGCAUGUCUGCCUCGAGAGAGAAUAUCACAAUUGCUGAGGACACGAAUGAUGACAGUAUGAUGGCAUUAAACACCAGGAAAGGGUUGAAUCAGUCAGGAAACUCGGGAUAUGACUCGGAGUAUGUAGACAUAGAGGGAGAUGAUGAGAACGCAGACACUCAGGAUGGAGUGGAUCAGGAGCAGCUAGAUGCCUCAAGUCAGGGUGAUGGUCUGGCUCAAGAUUUACAGAUAACUCCUGAAAACUCUGACAAUGAAGAUAUGGGUGACCAGGACAGCAAAGAUUUCCAGAGUGAACUCAGUAUGUCUCAGUUUGAAAACUCUGAACAGUAUUAUCAGUAUCCGGUCCACUUCCAAGAGGAAGAUGAGAACAGUUUUGAUCCCUCAGACUUUUUCAUGCACAGCUCACUGGCACAGGAGGCAGCAGCCAAUCAAAUCAAACAGGAGGAGUCGGGGGAGGGGUCUGCACCUGUUGCCAUGGAGACUGAUAUAAACAAUGACCUUGCUGUGUCAGACAGUGAAGAUGAGGGCGAACAGAUGACAGGAACAGGAAAUGAUGGAUUUGAUAUUGACGAAUUCUUUUAGUGAGGGAAAUGUUCUGCCACAAACAUGUCUUUCAAAGUGACUUAUUUUUGUGAAGUUUGCCCAUUAUAUCAAGACAACAUAGUUUGAAAUAUGUAUUUUUUAUGAAGAGGAAUAGAAUAAAUCUGAAUUUUUGUUUUUAUCUCUAUGAGAUAGUAUGAAUGUGUCAGAAUGAUUUUGUUUAUCAAUUGCUUUAGUUAUUGUUUAGUGCUAAAUACAAGUGCUUCUUUUGUGCAUUUCAAUAUCUUGUAUUUGCUGGCAAAUUCCAACACAUUCUUAUACAGAAAAAUCAAAACAGUGGUCAUUGUGGUACCAAUAGUUAUAUUUUUCACCAUUAUGUGUGCAGACCAAUUCAGCUGAUGUACAUUAUUGUUGUUAAGUUAUGUAGUAAUUCUGCAAUUCUAAGACUACCAUUAUUUUAAAUCAGAAUAUGUGUCUUGGCACUUAUUUAUGUUACCUCCGAGAGGUAUACAUGUAAGUUCAGCAUUGUUCAUGUAUUUUGAACUGAGCUGCAUUACUUUUUUACUUUGACAGAUUAGAGUUGGUUUCCAUUUUGAUGUGAAAUCAUUGACUCAUGAAGAAAUGUUGUCCAAUAUUUUAUAGCAGAUUAUGAUAUUUUUUUCUUGUGUGUUAAGAGAGAUACAUGUACUUAAUGUCAUCCUCAUUUUUAUCAUCAUCAUCAUUAAGUCAGAUUUUAAAUUUCCAUUUUGUUAGAUCAGAAGUUUAAUACAUUUAUUUAAUAAAAGGAAACAUGCAUAUUUUUUUUUUGCCCCAGUAAAGAUUUGGGGGAUACAGUUUUUGGUCUGCAAAAACUUUGCCCAUAACUUUUGAAUGGUUGGUACAUGUACUAGGGCUUUCAUAUUUCACAUGUGUAUUCCAAGUGACAAGAUUUUUCUUUGGGUACCAACUUAUUUGACCUCUUGACCUUGGAGUUUGACCUACUUUUGCAAAAAUUUACCAAACUUAAACCUUGGCCAUAACUUUUGAAUGGUUGGAGCUAGGGCUUUUAUAGUUUACACGUAUACUAGUAUUCCAUGUGUCUUGACUUUUCUUUUUGGUACAAACAUUCUUUACUUUCUAACCUUGACCUCUGAGUUUGACCUACUUUUGAUAAACUUAAAAAAACUUUACCUUGGACAUAUCUUUAGAAUGGUGGGUGUUAGGACUUUCAAAUAUCCCAUGUGUAUUCCUUGUGAAGAGACCUUUCUUUUGGUACCAACAUUUUUUACCUCAUGACCUUGACUUUGGAGUUUGACCUACAUUUGAAAAACUUUAACCUUGCCUGUAACUUUUGAAAGGUUGCUGCUAGGGUUUUCUUAUUUCACUUAUGCAUUCCAUAUGACAAGACUUUUCCUUUGGUACACGUACCAUUAUUUUUUAACCUCAUGACAUUGACCUUGGAGUAUGACCUACUUUUUGAAAAACUUCAACCUUGGCCAUAUUUUCUGAAUGUUUGAUACUAGAGAUAUCAUAUUUCACAUGAAUGUGUAUUCCUUGUGACAAGACCUUUCUUUGGGUAUCAAGAUUUUUGAACUCUUGACCUUGAAGAUUGACCUACAUUUCAAAAGCUUUAACCUUGGCCUUGAGGUGCCAUAUAGGGGCAUCAUUGUUUCACAGACACAUCUUGUUUUUUGGUGUGUGUUUUUUUUUUGUGGUGUUUUUGUACGAGUAAGGGGUAUUAUUGUACACUCCUUUUCUGCAGUACACUCCUUUUCUGCACUAAAUUUCUUAAGGCUUGUAGGGAUGAGGUAGGAAAGGAGAAUAAAUCAACUUGCAAUGAAAAUUUACAAAAACGUAAUGAAAAUAUAUGGCUGAAGUGGGAAUCGUAACCUUGACCUCUGCACUAAAGGUGGACAUAUUUCCCAAUAUUCAGUCAUUAACCUUUUACAUUUUUUAAUGCCAAUUACAAUUUUUUUUCAAUUCUUAUAUGGUAUCUCUGAGUUUCUUGUCAUAAACAUCCUCGAAAUAUAAGCAACUGGUAGUUCAA